AUGGAUUUGCAAUCGAAUUUUAGUAAAAGAAUAUCUGAUAAAAAUGGAUUUCAGUUAUAUGUAGAGAGAGCAAAGAAUUUAAUUUUUACUGUGGCCUCUUAAUUAUUAUAUGAGGAUAAAUAACCUUUAAUGUGGAACUGUCUAGCUAUUGUUAUCUAAUAUUUUUAGCUGACUUAUUUACUAUUUAAUUCUAAGAUUUAGAAUAUAUGGAAAAAUCAACCUGUAUCAGAUGCUAUCAACUAUUUUCUUUCGUAUUAAAUUUAUUAAGAAAUUUUAGGUGUUUCCUUCUUUCUCCAUAUACUUUAUAAAAUUACUCAUUGUUUAUUAUUUUACUCUAUCUUUGUAUUGGAAUUUUGACUUUAUCAAUAAUGUUAACUUUUUUUUUAGGAUUAAGGCUCAAUAAAAAGAAAUAAGAAAAUAAUAGGAUUAAAAAAGCCUUAAAGAUAUUCAUUAAUUUAUUCCUAUCAAUCCUUUAUUUACCAAUUCUUGAUGUAUUUAUAUCAAUAAUAGAUUGUGAUUUUGAUAAAAAUGGAAUUUAUGUACAUAAUUAAUUUUAAGAAUAAAAAUGUUGGAUUGAUACACACAUUCUACAUGGGAUAGUAGCAAUAUUAUUUACAAUUAUAUUCUAUUGCUAUUGCUUUUUUUUUGCCUUUUUAUAUUAUGAAUCAAAAUAUGAACCAACAAACCCAAAUUCAAAGAUGAGUGGAAGACCAUUAAUUAUGUUUUUUACAUAUGAACUAUUUUAAACAAUUAUUCAAAAAUUGUUUAAUGGAAAAGACAACUAAUUCUUCUAGAUUUUUUGUCUUUUGGGAGGAAGUUUAAUAAUAUUCUAGAAAUUUCAUACAGAAUAACCUUACAAUCAUAAAAUAAUAUAAAAAUUUUGGUCAAUUUCUGUUAUUUUGAAUGUAUGGGGAACAUUAUUACUUUUUUGUUCUUUGUUUUUAGAGAAGGUUAUUUUUAGUGGGAUUAUUUAUGCAUUCAUUUCUGGAUUACCAUUACUUGUAUUUACAAUUUUUAAAAUGGAAAAAUUACAUUUUGAUUUACUAUUAAUUAAUCACUCAAAGGUAACAGAUGUUCAAGAAAUAAUUAAUCAAACUAAUUAUUUAAUUAAAUUGUUAAAUUUCAUUAAGAAAGAUAGUGACACUUAAAUAAUAGUUGAUGGAUACUUAGAAAUUCAUAGAGUAACUUGUGUAAGGGAAGACUGUUAUCUCAAAAUUAAAAAUUAACCAAAUAUUAGAUUGACUAAUUCCUUAUUAAGAGAUUCAACUUUAACAGAAAGAGAAACAGAUUUAAUAUUUGUAUUAGGAUAAAUUUAUUAUAAUUAAAUUAAAAAAUUCCCAGAAUCAAUUACUUUACGGAUAAGAUACUCAUUCUUAUUGUCUGAUUAUAUGAGAUAAUUGUAAUAAGCAUUUAAUGAACUCACUUAAACAGAAUAGAUGAGUCCUUCUUUUGAUGAAGAAUUUGUAAUUUUAAGAAAGAAAUUUAUAAUUUAACAAUAAUUAGAUUCUUUUUAAAAUGAAAACUUUGGUAAAGUUGAUGUUGCUUCAGAAAUAGCUUUUCAAAAUAAUUAUAGAUCAUUACUUUAAUAUAUUGAACAAACUACUUUAUCUCAAAUGGAAUUUUGGUCAAUAUUAUAAGAGGAUUUUCCAGAUCUUGCUAAAGUAUAUUAAAUUGGUUAGAAAAUAAACAAAUUAUUAAAUUUGAUUGAUAUAUUAUGGAUUAAAAUAUAGAAAGCUACUUCCAAUAUAUUUAAGGCAAUGAGAUUAUAUGGUUAAUUCAUAAACGAUGUAUUGUAGGAUGAAGAAUAUGGAUAACAGUUAUUAAAAAAGUCAGAUUUAUACUAAUAAUAAGUUUAAUAAAGAAAGAAGCAAAUCAUUCAGUUUAUAGCUGGCGAUGAUUUAGGAUUUGAAUAACAAGCUACUGUUAUAGUAUCCACAUCUAUUGAAAAGUUUGCUUUAGUAAUAACACUCAAUUAAUCUUGUUGCCAUCUUAUUGGAUAUACUAAAUAAGAAAUCAUCAACAGAAAAAUAAAUUUAUUUAUGCCAAAUUUAUUUCAGAAGUUUCAUGAUUAGUAUAUUGAGAGAUUUCUUCUUACAAGCGACAUAAAAAAUAUUAAUAAAGAUAGAUUUAUAUUCCUGAAGGAUAAAUAAAAUUAUAUAUUGCCUUGUUAUAUUGUUUUAAGAAUAUUACAUACUAUAGAUGAAAAUGUAAAUUUGGCAGCAUAAUUUAUUACUGUCAAGGCUUUUAAACCCACUUGUUAUUUAAUAAUCGAUUAAGAUUACAUUAUAGACUCUAUAUCAGCUACUACAAUUUAAUUAUUAGGAAUGGAAAAUAAAUUAGUAAUAAAUAAAUAAUUAAGAUUUGAUUUGUUAUUUCCUGAAUUCAUUGAAAAUAUUUCUAUUUAUAAAACUAAGUUUGGAGGAAAAAUAAAAUAUGUACAAGAUAAUUUUGUAAAAUAAUUUUAAUAGAAUAAUUAAAAUAUAAUUUAUAAGGAACAAGAGUUUAACUGCAUCCUUAAAGAAAUAGUAAAUAUUACUAAAAAUGAAGUAAUGGGAUAUUACAUUAAAUUAGAAUUAUGUGAAUAAGUAUAUUAAAAUUAAAGUUUUGAUGAACUUUUAUAACCAUAAAAAUAAGGUUAGUAGAUUUUAUAAAGUCUAUAAUUUAAAUAUAUUGUAAAUUAGAAAUUAUAUUUGGGUGAAUUCGUUGAUGAGAAUUUAACAAAGUUAUCUUAAAGCAUUUUAUGGGAUCAAAUUGAAUAAUCUUCAUUAGGUUCAUCCAAUUAAAUGAAUAAUGAAACUACUCAUUAGGAAUCAUUAAGACGACGAACAAUUAGAUUAUCAGAUCAUGAUAAACCUAUAAUAAAUUAUGCUGAAAAUAUUAGGGUUCUUCGUCUAUUUUAAAAUUAGAUAUAAGAAAUAGAUGAUAAAGAUAAUAUUAUAUCUGAUGAUGAUGAAAAAGAAAGUGUAUUCUAGUCAUAACAACAUUUGAAUCCAAUAAAUGAUUAAGANGUAUCCACAUCUAUUGAAAAGUUUGCUUUAGUAAUAACACUCAAUUAAUCUUGUUGCCAUCUUAUUGGAUAUACUAAAUAAGAAAUCAUCAACAGAAAAAUAAAUUUAUUUAUGCCAAAUUUAUUUCAGAAGUUUCAUGAUUAGUAUAUUGAGAGAUUUCUUCUUACAAGCGACAUAAAAAAUAUUAAUAAAGAUAGAUUUAUAUUCCUGAAGGAUAAAUAAAAUUAUAUAUUGCCUUGUUAUAUUGUUUUAAGAAUAUUACAUACUAUAGAUGAAAAUGUAAAUUUGGCAGCAUAAUUUAUUACUGUCAAGGCUUUUAAACCCACUUGUUAUUUAAUAAUCGAUUAAGAUUACAUUAUAGACUCUAUAUCAGCUACUACAAUUUAAUUAUUAGGAAUGGAAAAUAAAUUAGUAAUAAAUAAAUAAUUAAGAUUUGAUUUGUUAUUUCCUGAAUUCAUUGAAAAUAUUUCUAUUUAUAAAACUAAGUUUGGAGGAAAAAUAAAAUAUGUACAAGAUAAUUUUGUAAAAUAAUUUUAAUAGAAUAAUUAAAAUAUAAUUUAUAAGGAACAAGAGUUUAACUGCAUCCUUAAAGAAAUAGUAAAUAUUACUAAAAAUGAAGUAAUGGGAUAUUACAUUAAAUUAGAAUUAUGUGAAUAAGUAUAUUAAAAUUAAAGUUUUGAUGAACUUUUAUAACCAUAAAAAUAAGGUUAGUAGAUUUUAUAAAGUCUAUAAUUUAAAUAUAUUGUAAAUUAGAAAUUAUAUUUGGGUGAAUUCGUUGAUGAGAAUUUAACAAAGUUAUCUUAAAGCAUUUUAUGGGAUCAAAUUGAAUAAUCUUCAUUAGGUUCAUCCAAUUAAAUGAAUAAUGAAACUACUCAUUAGGAAUCAUUAAGACGACGAACAAUUAGAUUAUCAGAUCAUGAUAAACCUAUAAUAAAUUAUGCUGAAAAUAUUAGGGUUCUUCGUCUAUUUUAAAAUUAGAUAUAAGAAAUAGAUGAUAAAGAUAAUAUUAUAUCUGAUGAUGAUGAAAAAGAAAGUGUAUUCUAGUCAUAACAACAUUUGAAUCCAAUAAAUGAUUAAGAACAAAUUGAAAAUAACAUUUUUCGUUCUAGAAAAAAUUUAGAAAAUAUUAUCACAUCGACUUCAACGCCUAGAGUUAUAAUAAAAGUUAAAUGGAUUAGUAACAUUAUUAUAAUAAUAAUACUUAUACUAUCAUUUAUAGAUUACUUUAUUGCCAUUAACUAAACUGAUGAAAUCUUUAAUACAAUAUUAUUGGUUAGAGAUGGAAAUUUCAGAAAUAGUGAAUUGGGUAUUAUUUUAAGUUCCAUUUUUAAUUUAUAGUUAUUAAAUAGGAAUGUAUUUAAUCUAACAGUAAAUCAAGCUAAAAUUUAUGAAUUAGAAUAAAGAAAGAUUAUUAAUGAUUCCAUUAACAAUGUUAAUAUAUUAAAUCAAGAUAUCGUUUCAAAGGCAAAUAAUUUAGCACCUCAAAAUUAUUAAUUUGAAUUUAUAUUAAAGAAUGUGAAAAUUCAGCUUAAUGAUUAAGGUUAGAUUGAAUAUUAUGAUUUAAACUAAGCUAUUUAAUAAAUACUUAGUAAAUCAUUGGCUAUUAGAGAUAAGGAGUUAGAUUUUAUAAGUUAUUUAGAUUCGGAUGUUAAUUUUGUAGUAAGUAAUUGGUUAAAUAAUUUAUAAUAUUCAUUAAAGGAAUCCUUAAAUAAUUUAAUUGAAAAUUUAAUAAAAAAAACAAUGGAAAAAAUUAGUAUUUUUGUAGUUUUAUUGAUUGUUUCUAUUUCCACAAUUAGCAUUGGACUUUUUCUAUUAAUAAUUGCACUUUUAUCUGUCUCUCGUUCCUAAAGUGAUAUAGUAAGUUUAUUCUUGGAUAUUCCUGAUAAAACGAUAAGAUAUUUAUAUCAUAAAAGUGAAAAUUUCCUUACAAAUCUUCAAAUAGGAGAGGAUGAUGAUUUAAUAUCUGAGAAUGAUGAAACAAUAGAUAAAGAAGAAAAUGCUUAAUUAUAAAAGACUUUGAAAUCUAAAAGAACCAAAAAAAAGUACAAAAAUGCAAAUAAAGAAUACAAUUACUUUAUCUAUAUAAUAACUUUCAUUUUAAUAAUAAUAUAAGGUUAUUUUAUUCUCACAUAUUUCUUAAGUGGAGAUACAAUUAAAUAUAUUCAUUAUCUUAGUGGAGAAUAUAAUUUAACAGCUAGAACUGAACAAUUUUAUAGAUUUUCAGAGAUUUGUUAGAGAUCUUUAUUUUAUAAUCGUAAUAUGAGAAUACUUGAAAAAGAGUCUUAUGAUGCUAUUGUAGAUAAUUAGGAUGAAUUAUACAUUCAUAAUUCAUAUAUGUAAUAACUUCAUUCAUAAAAUAUUGAUUUAUUAUAAUAGAAUUAUGUGGAUGCAUUUAAUGAAUUAUAUAUUGAUGAUCCUUGUCCAAUAGUUAUUGAAUAAGUAAAGUCAAUUGAUGCAGAAUCUUGUUCUUUAUUAAUGGAUAGUGGUUUUUCAUAAGGUUUAAAUGUUGGUGUUCCUAGAUUCUUUGAAAAUUUAAGAUAUUUAAGAACUAUUUAUGAUUAACUCUAUAAUAAUCCGAAAGCUAAUUUUACAUUUCUGGCUAGAGGUUAUGGAAUAUUUAGAAAUAUUACAGAAGAUAAUGAUAAUAGUACAAAUUUCAUUUUAAAUCUUAAUAAUUUCUAGCAUGCCAAAGAAAACCGAGAGAUAUAACAUCAUUAUUUUAAAAGUAAUUAAAUAUUUAAUAUUAAGGUAUUUUUAGAUAUCUAACAAAUUAAUUUAUUUAAGGACUGAAUAAUUAAUUGGAUAAUUUAAAAUUAUAGAGAUUAGCAAUUUUUAUAUUUUUUUAAGUUUUACUUUUUGUGAUUUAUUUUUUAUUAUGGCUACCUUUAGCUUUAAAAAUAACAAAAGAUAUAUGGAGUACUAGAGCAAUGAUAUUGAUGAUCCCUUUAAAAAUAAUAUUAAGGAUUAGAUCUAUAAAAGAUUAUAUAAGAAAUUAAAUAUAAGAAGGUGAUUAGGAUCCUUGA